AUGUCAUCGUUGGCAGCAGCACAAGAUGUGGACGUGGUAUAUUUGUUCAUAAAUAGCUUAGCUAUUCUCAUGACAUUUGUGAUCACUGGAGGAAUCAGUUUCGGUUGCUCAAAGAAAGGUGACGAUGAAGAAGAAGAAGGUACAGGUGAUGGCGGAAGCCAAGGGGCCCUCAGUGAAAGUCUAACUCCGUCUGAAGUUCAAGCUCAAGAGCCUGUAUCUCCAGGACCUGCAGACGCUGGACCGCGUGCACCGACUCCUAUUGCUGAUGUGGGCGGUGGACCACCUCCACCACAACCCUAUCCCGCCCCACCUCUUCCUCAACCUUUUCCUGGGCCACCCCCUCCCCAAUCUUUUCCUGGGCCACUUCCUCCGCAACCUUUUCCCGGGCCCCCUCCUCCGCAACCUUGUCCAAUGCCGCCUCCACCACCUCCAGCGCAACCCACUCCGGAUCCUUUUGCCACACCAUCCGCCCCGGAACCCUAUGUACCACCUCCCCCACCCCCAGAACCGCCACCACCGCCACCGCCGCCACCACCGCCACCACCAUAUAUCCCACCGCCUCCACCUCCAGCACCACCCGCCAAUCCUCCAGAUCCCUUUGCGUCAUCUUCGUCUACACAUGAAGCACCUCCUCCCCCACCAGUCGAACCUCCUCCUCCGCCGGACUAUCACCCAGAAGCCGCAAAGAAAGCAACCGGAGUACCUCCUGAGAAGCUCCCAGGAGUGAACACUCUUGUGGAUAAGAUCGUAGGUGCCAUGAAAGACGAUAUGAAGAAAAAGGCCAAGGAGGCGAAGGUGGCCAGGGCGGCAUCGAAACCAGUUAAGCCAACAACGCCGAAGAAGAAGGAUAAACCAAAAGCAAAAGUCGCUCCUACACCAAAAAAGAAAACGCCCAAGAGCAAAACACCAAAAAGAAAAUGA